UUCUCCUCCUUCUGCCUCCCUCUUUUAAAGAAAUAAUAUGAUAUCAGUUUUUGCUUUCAACAUUGUUGAGUCAUGCAAGCCAAGGGGAUCCGAAAUUUCGCGAAGAACAUAGCAAGAAAAUGGGAAAUUUCUUCACUGUUGUUCAUUCUUGUAAAGGACCAAGAUUCAAGUUGAAGCGAGGACCAGUGGAUUAUUCCAUGAACGAUCUCGCAACCAAUCAUGACGGGAUCAGAACUGUCCGGGCAGAUAACCGCUGCGAUUUCUCAGGCAGUUCGGACCUCUGCAUUUGCGUAGUAACUUGGAACAUGAAUGGGCAGGUCUCUUAUAAAGACAUAGAACAGCUGGUUGGGAGCGAUCGGGAGUUUGAUCUACUUGUGGUUGGUUUGCAAGAGGCACCACGAAACAAUAUUUCACAGUUGUUGCAGGCGGCCCUAGUCGAAACUCACAUCCUGCUGGGAAAAGCGAUUAUGCAGUCUCUGCAGCUAUAUGUUUUUGGGCAAAAGAUGAACUCAGAGUUGUUCAUCAAUGAAUUAAAGGUUGAUAAGCAUGCUGUUGGGGGCUUUGGAGGAUUAAUCAGAAGGAAGAAAGGAGCUGUGGCUGUCAACAUCAUUUACAAAGGAAUACGAAUGUUGUUCAUCUGUUGUCAUCUUUCUGCUCAUGCCGGCAAUGUGGAAGACAGGAAUUCGCAAUACAGGCACAUAUCACGCUCCCUAUUCUCCAAGAAUCAGAACCCAUAUGCAAGACCGGUCCAAGUUACUGUAUGGUUAGGAGAUCUCAACUACAGGGUACAAGGGAUUGAUACACAUCCUGCCAGAAAUCUGGUCCAGAAAAACCUUCAUAGACUGCUCACCAGAAAAGAUCAACUCUUACAAGAGGCUGAAAGAGGACAGAUCUUCAGUGGGUACUGUGAAGGGACGUUGGCAUUCAAACCAACAUAUAAAUAUAAUAUAGGAAGCAGCAACUAUGAUACAAGCUACAAGGUAAGAGUACCAUCAUGGACAGAUCGAAUCUUGUUCAAGAUAGAGGACUCUGGCAAGAUCAGUGCAACACUACACUCUUACCAAUCCCUAGAUGGAAUCCACAGUUCCGACCAUAAACCAGUGAAGGCUCAUCUGUGCUUACAAGCAAUCAAACAGUCACCACUCAUGCCUUGAAGCAGUUGUCUUAAGUUCAAAUCACAAAGAACCCUUUCUGUGAGUCUGAAAAUUAAACUCAUAUCCCAUGCCCCCCCCAUACAUGCAUGUUGACACUACUGUGCCCUCCGUCACCCAGUCUAAUCCAAACAGGCCCCAAAUUUCCCAAAAGGAAACACUCAUGUCCACUUACAUUUUAAUUUGAUUUUUAGGCUGAGUUUUAGAUGAUACAUGUUAUCUAAUUUAACCUCUCUAUAUAAUAAAAAUAAGACCCCAUAAUGAAGAUCCCUGUUCAUUGACGUUCAAGAAAGCGAAAGGCAACGAUAUACGGAGAGAAAAUACAAACCGAACGAUGUAUACAGGAAUUUUCAAGAAGAAAGAGGAAGAAAAACUGAGCCCCCAAAUAGCAUUCAGUGGUACUCAAUGGAGUGCUCAAAAGGCUGCGUCUUGAAGAUUGUUGAGGAAGACUAGAGCGAGAAAGCAGUGGGCGCUGCAUGCACUAGCCAAUUACGAAUCAUUGGAGUAGAAGGAAUUAAAGAAUGAGUUCCCUGGAGUGUCCCUAUGCAGAGGUCAAAGCCUGGAACAAAAUGACUUCAAUUUCUUAAAUUACACUGCUAAGAUUAAGGAGGAAGCAGCAAAAUGAGGGAACCCCAUUUUGAUCUCAUUCAUAUCAAAACUACUUGUUCCCGAGGUGUCUAUUUAUGAAGUUAUCAAGGUCCCAAGUCCCUCUUUUACUUGUAUUAAGUUGAACUUGUUUACCAUGGGAACUUGGUGUCAUGAGUAAGUUGCUUUGGAAAAGCAUAUGCCUGGAUGGUUGUUUCAGACCUUAUGCCAUUUAGCUUUUUCCUAAUGUAUGAAAAGUGGGCUUUUGGGAUGAUUUUAAUUUGAGUCCGUGGCUUGUGAAAGGAGUUCUUAUUCUCUGCUCUUAUCCCUUUGGGUGACGCGUUGGGGGCGAGCUUCUACUCCCCUUUUGUUUAUUUCAAUUACCUCCUUUCUCUCC